GUGCCUGCCUAUGCUCACAUUCUGCCUGGUACAGAAAGUGAUCCUCUAUAAACACAAACUCAGCUAUCUGGCCUCAAGCCACACCCCUGUGAUUAGGGCUAUUACAAAAUAUCUGUGUAUUCAGGAGGCCAUGCAAUUUUGAAGGACACCCUUACGCCCCAUGACCCUACCUUUACCGAUGGCACCUGUGAAGCCUAGAAGGGGUCGUUCCAAAUAUGGUUUAAUGAGGAGCCUCUCCUACUCUCCACCCUCGAGCCUGAAAAAUGGACUAGAUCUGGACUCCUGUGCCACUCCUGAAGGUGUGCCUGUGGAAACGGAGAACAGAGACCCUCAAGAAGUAGAGUGGGAAUCUGAGAGCCGAGAACCACCAGUAACAGCCCUAAAGCAGAGAAACGUGAGUUCAUCAUCAUCAGAUUCUGAAACAGAAGCUCCUGUGAAACCAAAGCUGCGUAGGAAAAAGCAACGGGUUAGGAGCAGACCCCACUUUGAUUGGUGUGAUGAGCAAUGUUGUGAUAGUUCAUGUGGGGAGUAUACUUAUUCUGAUGAGUGUGGGUGCGGAUCUGAGCAGUGGUCAUCCAGGCCAAGGGUAUCCUAUCGUUUGCUCAAAUGCUGCAGUUCGAGCGAAGAUUGGUCAUCAUGUGAAUGUGAGACGCCGAGUCCUAGCCAGAAUCAUUACUCUUAUUGUAGGGCUGUGUGUUUCACAUCAGCAUCUGAGAGUGAGGAGGAUGUCACUGAUGGAUGUGUACUUACAAUACCUGCAGAGAAAACAGCAGCUGAGGAGCAGGACGAAUCGGUUGAAGAACCAUCUAUGGGAACUGGACCCCAAGAGUCUGAAGAGGCGAUUGUGGAACCUGAGGGGAGAGAACGAGUACCCCCCAAUCCCAGAAACGCCUUGGGAGUACCGGUGUGCCGAUCAGCGUUGUUGGAUGUGCGACGAUUGUGAGACACCAUGGCCAUCCAGCCCUACAGAGGCUUACUUAAGGGAUGUAAGCGUUACAUCAGCAGCCGAAGGUGAGGAGGAAUGUAUGGAUAGUGGUAUGGUUACCAAGGCCAUGCCUGAAGAGCUAAAUGAAAAUGUGGAGGUUCCCAAGAUGGUGAGCCACAUGCCUUUUAUUGUGUAUGAUUAGUUUGUUUUACUUAAUGCCCUGUUUUAUUAAAGUGUUGUCCCCUCUUAUUUGUACAGGCCAGGAACUUUGAGAACAUGCAUCUUGGCGAUGUCAACCUUUCCUGUAUCACAUGUG